AUGACGCGAGACACCGGUCGGUCCCUCGAUGCCGGGAAUGCCAGCCAUUCCAUACACCACGAUGUCGAGAUCGACUUGCUGGCAGGCUUGUGGGAGACCGCACCGUUCGCCCGUCUGCCCUGGGACGCGCCGCCAGAGCUGAAGGCACUCGUUGAAGACAUCGAGAACCCAAAGAGGGUCUACGCUAUACAUCGCGCCUCCCGCAGGCACGGCUUUCAACAGCUCGUCGAGAGGUUCAUCGUCCAGCUGCGCGAGGGCUGCGGCUCGAACUACUGCUCGACCCCGACCUGUUUCUCCUUCCGCAAGCGAAGCGUCGGCCGCAUACCUAUACGACGAUACAAUGUCACCAGCGCCCGAGUCCUCGCCGUCUAUAUGGCCAGCCAGGACAACCCGGAGGUUGCCAUGUGUCCAGCGCUCAGGGCACCCAAGCUGCCACCAGCCGCCAUCGACUCUCUCGUUUUCUACCGCAAGCCAAGCGUCCAAGGCGGUCAGGACAAGACACGCUCGCCUGGGAAAGGCCACUCUACCAGUCCUUCCGAUCCUGCGUCCAAGGCCCGACGAGUGAGGGUAAAGGCAAAAAUUCAUGUGCGGCAGGGUAGUACAGAAGCAGCCACUGCAACGGACAGGCCGAGAUCACCAUCCCCUCCAGCAGAAGACGCGCCGGCAGUAGAUUCGCCCAAGUUUGAUAUCAUGGAGAGGCACACGGGCAAGGACUACAGGUCCUUUGCCGCCAACAUGUUCGGCACAGUUGCUUUCAAGAUGCUGGAGUGGCUGACGCCUAACGCUCUCGAGGACAUGCACGAGACCGCCUGUGACCUGCAAAAGGACUCACCUUCUGAUGACGAAGCCGAACUACCAGGACCACCCCGGAGACGAGGAGCGACUGCCAACAAAUUCUCGAUCCCAGAGGAGUCAGCAUCCCCAGUGACACAAGACACUACCGAUGAGAAUACAAAAGAUCAAGAGACGGAAGGUGCCCUUUCACAUGGCCAACACCCCUUACCCAAUCAUCGACCGAGCAGUCUCCGCCGUAAUUCCAAUACCAGAGUGCGCACGAACUCUGUGACACAGCCAAAGCGGCAAAUGUCUAUUGAUGCGUAUCCGAUUGACUCGUUGGCGGAAGACGGUACGAAUGGGCUCCGCUCCCCGCGUCAAUCAGGAAUACAGACGGACAAGACGGCGAGGUCUAUCAAGAGUACGACCCCGAGUCUGCCCCGACCUGUAGCCCAGGUUCCACCCGUCGACUGGUUUGACGAUUCUCGUUCUCAGGAAUCCUCGCCCCGGCCUACUGAGGACAGGAGUCGGGCAACAAGAGACGGAUCUCCGGUGCUAGCAAGAACAACCUCUCGGGAGAGGCUCGCGCAGAGGACACCCUCCGAGAUAUCAACAAGCGAAAUCUCCGCAGAUACCCCAGAACCUGAUGUUGAGAUCACGUACGACUCUUUCCUUCCGCAAGCCGUCUCUGUCCUUGAUCUUGAUGUGGUGGACUUCAUGUGCGACGUACUCGAUGACGACGGAACUCGUGAACAGAGUCUGUUGGAGCCGGCCAAGGUCGCCAAAUCUCUGGUUGGCCCUUCGAAACGGAGGAACAAGCUGAAGAGGAGGUCGAGAGCUAGAGACAUGCCUCGAUCCCGCGCUCUGAAGCUGGAGUGGAAGCUCUUCAUCGAGCAGAGCCUCUUCUACAUCCUCAGUGACCCUCACGCCCUGAUCCGCUCUUUUACGGUCAAAGACGAGCUGGUUGACUCACAGACGCUGUGGUACUGCAUGCUCAGGAUGACGAGGGUGGCUCCGUCGCUGGUCUACCACUGCCUCUGGCUGUCUGCUGCCCAUCUCUUUGCACCCCCAAAGUCCGUCCAGUCUCUAAGGUCACCCACGGCAAGGUUAUUUCCAAGGCAGGAGCUGUCUCUGUCCAAUGAUGAAGCAGGUCGCCUCAUGUCCAUCUGUUUCCAUGCCUUGGUCGCAGCAGUACCUGUUGCGUCAGAGAAGGGCCAAAUCUUGGAGAUGUCGCGAUUACGAGCACAAGGAUUGAGCCUGGCUGGGAAGGGCGGUCGCUCUGCGGAGCUGUGUCUUCAAUACGACGAUGCGUUCUCCCACGAUUUAGUCAUGCGCUUAGCAAGGAGGCUCUUGGCCGCCAUCACGACUCGCAGGUAUUUCGAUGACAUGAUCGAUCAGGAACACGCCUUUGGCGACGAGGCUAUAGUUCAGCCAGAUAUCCUGGCGCCUCUAUUCAGCCAGCUCGACGCGCUCAGCGAGAGCAACGAGGAAGGCCUUCAUGAGACACGCAUGUCAACUUUGCUUCUGGAUUGGGCCCGUUGCGUAAUGUUCCAGGAGUGGGACGGGAGCCCAGAGGUACCAGGCGACGGUCCUUUUGGUGGAGCUCUAGCACUGAUCGCUGCCAUACACAAAAAAUCUCAGGCCCUUCGAAUCGCGCACAAGCAAUUCCAAUCCGACUAUUUUGCUGACCGGCUCGACAAUGUUGAAAUGCCUGUGGCGUGGUUAUCCUUCACGUCUACCAGACAAAGGGCUCACCUGCUAGACUUUCCGUGCAUUUUCAACUCCGAUACAUUGGUGUCGUACUUCCGCGCCAUCAAUUUCUCCAGGAUGAGUCAUGCCUUUGAGGACGCAGCUUCUCUAAAGAGUCGACUGGAUCGGCUAUUUGACCAACAAACGCUUAUAUACAACCCCCACCACAAGAACGUGCUACAAGAUCUACUCCGCACAGCUUCGUCAAGAUAUCUCAUUCUGGACAUCGGCCGCAAGACAGUCCUGAGGGACGCAUUCGACCAGCUGUGGAGGCGGGAGGAGAGAGAGCUGCUCAGACCUCUGAAGGUCCACCUGGGUGAGGACACAGGCGAGGAAGGCUUCGACUCCGGUGGCGUUCAGCAGGAAUUCUUUCGCCUUGCUAUUGCCGAGGCCUUGGAUCCUGCCUUUGGAGCUUUCACUGUCGAUGAACGGAACCGCAUGACAUGGUUCCAGCCAGGCUCGCUUGAACCGACCUGGAAAUUCGAGCUCUUGGGUCUGCUUGUUAGUCUGGCUGUUUACAACGGCCUGACACUACCCGUCUGCUUCCCUAAAGCUCUGUAUCGCAAGCUUCUAGGCGAGCCGGUUACUGAUAUACAUCACAUCAAUGACGGCUGGCCCCAGAUAGCCAGCAGCUUGACGGAGCUGCUAGAGUGGGACGAGUCCAACGGCGCAGUCGAGGAUAUCUUCGCCGUCACCUAUGAGUUCUCAACCAGCAUGUUCGAUGAGCAUGUCUCUCGGGAGAUGCACUCCACGACGCCUGGCACACAGCCCAAUCUGGACGAGUGGCCACAGUUCCCUUCUCCCAGCCGAGACGGCCCUUCUUCGCUCUCUGCCGACAAUCCCGCAGAUGCUCCUUAUGUCACAAACGCCAACCGCAACGCCUACGUGUCCGAUUACAUCCGCUACAUGACGGACGUUUCCGUCAGGCCCCAGUAUGAAGCAUUCGCGACAGGCUUCCGCUCAAUCCUGCACCCCAAGUCGCUCACACUGCUCACGCCCGAACUCCUACAGAACCUCGUCGAGGGCGCACAGGAAAUCGACAUCUCGGAGCUGCGCCGUGCCACCCGCUACGUCGGCUACACGCAGUCCUCGCGCGCCAUCAAGGACUUCUGGGCUAUCAUCAAGAAGUACGACGACCGCAUGAAGCGCAAGCUGCUCGAGUUCGUCACGGCCUCGGACCGCGUCCCUGUCGGCGGCGUCAAGAACAUCCAGUUCGUGGUGCAGAAGAACGGCGAGGAAGAAGGCGAGGGUGGACACUUGCCCACGGCGUAUACUUGCUACGGCACCCUCCUGCUGCCUGAAUACCGGGACCGGGAGGUGCUCAGGGAGCGUCUGGGGAUGGCGCUCGAGAACGCGCAGGGAUUCGGGUUUGCCUGAGGUGGGUGGGCCAUGCUUGCUCAACACUCAAAAAAGACUUGUGCAGUAUCUAUCAUCUCAAAUAUCUUCCAGCUCCUACGAUUCUUGCAAGACAUGGGGAAGGGGGAGCUGUUGUACAUGAAAUUUAUGUAGUUAACCUUUGUCUAGGCGUAAGCCACAAACCAAGACAAAUAGCAUCGCGAGGGUAUGGCAAGCCUGGGAGUAAAUAGGGUCCAAAAGUCGAUGGAUGAGCGGUUCCUUUUAAAUCCUUUCCGGUCUUUAUUUGAUGUUCUCUCAAGAAGCGGGCAAUACAUUCAAUUUAUUUCUUCUACAC